UAGGCGGCGCUGCGGCGCGUCUCAUAACAAAUACUGCAGUAAAGAUCCGUGAAGAGCGCUGCUUGUGGAUACAUGAUGGCGCAAAGCUCAGGAUUGUAUGAAGCGGACAGUAAAUAUGCUGAUCGAGAUCAGGACAGCAUAGGAUCAGCUUUCGCUGCUUCCCAGACCUCAACUUCAUCCUCAUCUUCCUCAUCAAUGAAGAGACAUUGGGAUGGUGAUGAUGAAGAUCACUCUCCCAGGAAGAAGCAGGUCACAGAGGAAUCGUUACACAGUCAGAAAGUGGCCACACAUUACAACAAACUCCAGGAGCGUGGCCUGGCAGAGCGCAAUAAAAGCAGGAUAGUCCACAUGCGCAACUUCAACAACUGGUUGAAGAGUGUCCUCAUAGCGGAGAUCAUGGACAAGGUGAAGGAAAGACGGAGAGAGGUGACCGUGCUGGACCUGGGCUGUGGGAAAGGCGGAGACCUUCUCAAAUGGAAGAAAGGACGUAUUGAUAAACUGGUGUGUGCAGAUAUCGCUGCUGUGUCCAUCGAGCAGUGCCAGCAGCGCUAUAAUGACAUGAGACGGAGGGGUCACCCAAACGACCGCACGUUCUCAGCCGAGUUCAUCACCGCAGACUGCAGCAGGGAGCUGCUGUCUGAGAAGCUGCGAGACCCUGAGCUGCGGUUUGACGUGUGCAGCUCUCAGUUUGUGUGUCAUUAUUCCUUUGAGAGUGAGCAGCAGGCUGACACCAUGCUGAGAAACGCCUGUGAGAGACUGCGGCCCGGAGGAUUCUUCAUCGGAACCACUCCAGAUGCAUAA